AUGACGUCUCUUCUUGACAUUUGUCUUUCGGCGCCAGCAGCGAUUGCUUUUCGUCCAGUUCAACACGUCGUAACACCUUUUGUCUCUCUUCCCCGGGCCACCGGUCAUGCCCAGUUGCCGCCAAUCACCACCUCGAGACCAACCACCCCGCCCUUCCUUCCUUCCUUCCUUCCGCACCAACCCACAGUCCGUCGUGUCGAGAGAGUGUCUCCUGCUCGCCGUGGUGCCGCCCUGUGCGGGACUCGAGCUCUCAGUCCGCUCCGUUGGCAGUCCAAUAGAGCCGCAAGUCAUGUUGAGUUCCGUCAUGAAGUGCCGAGUCCCGUCAAGUCCCAAACCGCUUUGCCUGGACCCGAGACGGGACUUGGCGGGGCCCGUGCACUCUAUGUGUGUGUGUGUGUGUGUUUGUUGGGCACGCUCAUCCCCAGACAGCCCGACAAGGAGAACAGCGACGUCCGCCAAAAUUCGAGCUCCGGGUCUGUGAGUGUGUAUUGUGGGCCCGAGUUUGUCAAAUGCUGUCAUCUCAUACACGCAAACAGGCCUGAACUAAACAUGUCUGAAGGUGUUGCCGAGGCCGUAAGACGAGUUGCAGAGGAUCGUCUUAGGCUUUCGUCAUCAAAUGGGCUCAGUCGUUUGCGUCCGAGGCGGCAAGUCCAUCAUAUUCUUCGAAAGGCGGUAACCAGGACAACUCUUCCGAGAGGGACCUUUGAGCGACUGAUGCUUUUCGUCAUUUUCAGUAAUUCUUGA